AAUUGCAGGCAGCCGGUCGUGUUCACUUUUUCACCGUCUUCCUCUUUAGUCUUCGGUGUUAACGCUGCAGUUGACUAUUGACCCUGCCCUCUCUUCCGCGGGAAUUCGCGAUGUCUAUGAGUCUCAUGGUGCUCAUAACGAGUCUCUACAAGGUGGCCACGGGGUGGCUGGUCCGAGCCGUCUACGGCGGGUCCCUGCACAACGUGGGGGUUCGUCUCCUCUACCUGCCGUCCCUGGCCCGUAUGUCGUUCCUCUGGAGUUACAUGGGGAAGAAGAACUGGUACGAUAGAGUCGACGACACUGUCAUUUUAGGAGCUCUGCCGUUCAGGAGCCAGACGAAAGAGUUGGUGGAAAGAGAGAAAGUCACAGCUACAAUCUCAGUCAAUGAAUGGUACGAAAUCCAGUUUUUCACCAAUAACAAGAAGGAGUGGGAGGCCCAUGGAGUGACUCAGCACUGGUUUGAGACGGUGGAUUUCCAGCCUCCUAGUCUGGAUAACAUCAGAGAAGGUCUGGAGGUCAUAAACCAGGUGAAGGCCAGUGGAAACAGUGUCUACCUCCACUGCAAGGCAGGGAAAGGUCGCAGUGCGGUGGUCGCUGCCUGCUACCUCAUCAAGGAUCGCAACCUGUCAGUUGGUGAGGCGAUAGACUUUCUUCGCUCCAAGCGACCGCAGAUCAGCAUCAACAAGUUCCAGAGACAGAGAGUGACAGAGUUCCUGGAGCUGAGCAAGACUAAGAGCGAAUGAUUACUGCUAUCAACUGCUUUAGCCUACAGGUCUAUUUAUGAAUUGGUAUAUACAUUAUGUAUGGAUUUUAUAAGUGUGACAACAUCAUGUAAAUUGUUGGAGAGGAAAAACACUGGAGUCUGUAUUGUGUCUGUGAGGUCACUAUUCUGCUGGGAUGUGCACGAUUAUUGAAAAUGCUCAGUUGUCCAAUCUAUGUACGACAGUCCGUAGUGGAACAUCCAACACGCACGCUACCUGCGCGCUCUAGAACUGCGCAUGGUACGGUUCGUG